AUGGCCACGACGCCCGGCGGCAAGAUGGACCGGCGCCGCGCCGGCUCCAACUACUUCCAGCUCGAUGCGGACCGCAAGCGCAACACGUCCAACAACCGCAGCAACUACGGCGACGGCCGUGGCACCUUCGGAGACCGCUUGAGCUUGAUGGAGGUGCUUCCUCCCAACACACAGGGCGGCAACCAGAUGCGCGGCGGUGGCUUACAGGGCGACUUUGCGGACGAAGUGUCGAUCGAUUUUUGCUGCGAGGUACUGUACAACAAGUUCGGCUUCCAGUCAGGCAGUGUGGACAACCAGCGCGAGCACGUGCUGCUGCUAUUGGCCAAUUCCAAGGCGCGUGCCAAGCCCCAGGACCCUCCGGGACACCACGUCGUCACGCUGCACAAAAAGCUCAUGAGCAACUACACGGAAUGGUGCCAGUUCAUCGGCGUUCCCAGCAUCUCGUACUCGGGACAGCCACAGGGAGACCUCAAGAACCCUCUGCACAUGGACAUUAUGCUCUUCCUGUUGCUAUGGGGAGAGGCUGGUAACUUGAGGCAUAUGCCUGAGUGCCUCUGCUACUUGUACCACCAGUCGCUAAACUUGCUGAACCAGGACUUCCUCGGUCAGCAGAAAGUACCUGAAGGUUGGUACUUAAGGCAGGUGGUGCGCCCCAUCUGGAAGGAGGCGUCUAACAUGCAGAGGAAGAACAGCUUGGGCAAGAACUUGGAGCACACCCAAGUGCGCAACUACGACGAUAUCAACGAGUAUUUCUGGAAAAAAUACUGUCUUAACGUGGAUGUCACGCAGAUCGGCGAGGAGCUGACCAAGAAGCACACCAAGACAUACUACGAGCACCGCAGUAUCUUCACGCUCGUACUGAACUACUACCGUAUUUUUCAGUUCAACAUGAUGUUCAUGAUGGUCCUGAUGGCGAUCGGCUUUAUCUCGGCCAUCUCGCCUAGCGGAGGACAGCAGUGGUUCGCUCAGUUCGGGUCUAUGGGAGAAGUGGUUGAGCCUUACCAGAAACAGGACGUUAAGCUGACCUACGUGGGGAUUGUGUUCGCCCUCUCCUCGAUGGGAUUCUGCAAGACCGUCCUCGAAGCGUGUCACGGAUGGCACUUACUCACUGCCAGUGAGUCGUCACAGACGUCGUCUCGUUCGUUCAACUACGGUGGUGCCCUUGUGGUUCGAAUGCUCUGGAAUGGCGCGUUCGCUGGCAUUUUCGGCUUGAUGAUCUACACCCCGUUGAUCACGAGCAAGAACACAGAACUGCUCGAUAAGGCUGCACCGGCGUCUGUUGCCUACAUCCUGCCUGGCGCACUUAUUAUCGUCGUGCAGGCCUUUGCUCCAUCGGUUGUAACCAAAUCGUUUGCGGCCAAGUUUAUCCGUGAGGGAGAAACGUGCUACGUUGGCCGCAACAUGGCGCCUCCACUGAGCUACCAGCUCAAGUACAUCACUUUCUGGAUCAUUCUGUGGGCGCUGAAGGCGUUCGUCUCAUACUUCAUUCUAGUUCGCCCAUUGGUUCUCCCGUCGCUGGCCAUUUACGAGAUGGAGCUCGAGUACGGUAGCAAUGUUGUUUCGUUCCACAACUUCGGAGUCAUCGCUGCGCUGUGGCUGCCUGUGAUCUUCAUCUUCAACUACGAUACCCAGAUUUACUUUACCGUGUUCCAGGCUACACUUGGUGGCGUUCAGGGUCUCAUCAUGAAGACUGGCGAGAUUCACGGCAUCAAGGAGAUUACCAAGGCUUUCCGUGUGGCUCCACAACUCUUUGACCAGAAGGUUGUGACCAAUCUGGCUCGCUCGAACGACGCUGCGGCUGACGGAUCUGCUGCUGCAUACCAGUCGCAAAUGAUGCUGCGCUUCGUGGUCGUCUGGAACGAGAUUGUCAACUCGUUCCGCGAAGGUGACCUGGUGGACGACAAGGAGGCUGCCAUCCUGCAGUAUGACAUCCAGAGCUCGGGCGACGUGUUCGAACCUGUGUUCCUUUCGGCGGGUAAACUGAUGGAAGCUCUGGACUACACGGUUAAGAUUGCCAAGGAAGGUAAGGGCGACUCGCAGCUUCAAGUGUACAUGGUGCAGAAGGAUUGUCUAUCGGCUGUGCGCAGCUUCUUCACAGCCAGCAUGUACGUGAUGGAGGCUCUGCUGGGCAGUGACGAUGCAGACAUUCUUGAUGCGCUGCGUCAAAUGGAGGCGAUUGCUGCGAACAGCAGUUUCAUGAGCACGUUUGACGCCAAGAGUCUAGUGCAGCUGCGCACAGUCUCGAUGGAGUUCCUGGAAGCUGUGAUGGAUCUGCCCGACCCGGAUGCGCAGUCCUCGCACAUGACAUCGUCUCGAGUGCACACCAUGGGAGUUGUGCGUAACUUCGUGACCAAGAUGGAAAACCUGCUCAACGCUAUUCGCAUUUUCGCCAACCGCCCGGAGCUCGCUGCCAAGUUCAGCAACUCUAAGUUCUGCUCGAGCGCCAACGGCUACGUGUUUGCUGCUCGUGGCCUCGUGAACCUGUUCCACAACGACACUGCGAUGGGUGCUGCUACCCGUGCGUACCUCUUGAUGUCGCUCGAGAAGGCCGAUGCUAUGCCCCGUGUGCCUGAGGCUCAACGUCGUCUUGGUUUUUUCAUGAAGUCUCUUUUGAUGGACAUCCCGCAGUUGACGUCUGUGAAGGAGAUGCACUCGUUCUCCGUCGUGACGCCGUUCUACAGUGAAAGUGUGUUGAUCUCAUUGUCGGAGCUGAACGAUCCGCUGGCCAACCACCCGGUCUUCCAGAAGGUGGAGGAGAAGGGCAAGAACAUUACUAUUCUGAAGUAUCUGAUUACCAUCCACCCCGAGGAGUGGGAGAACUUUUUGGAACGUAUUGAUGUGAGCACUGCAGAGGAAGCACAAGCCAACUACCCGCUGGAAAUCCGUCUGUGGGCGUCGUACCGUGGUCAAACCCUGGCACGUACUGUUCAAGGUAUGAUGCUGUACGAGGAUGCUAUCAAGAUUCUUCACUGGCUUGAGAUUGGUUCAAGUCCCGGCAAGUCGGCGGAGCAGAAGCAGGCUCAACUUGAGGACAUGGUGCGUCUGAAGUUCUCGUACAUUUGUGCGUGUCAGGUGUACGGUAAGCAUCGCGCAGAGGGCAAGGCCCAGGCCGAUGAUAUCGACUAUCUGCUCAAGACGUACCCGAACCUGCGUGUUGCCUACGUCGACACCAUCGUGAUGGACGGUGGCAAGCAGUUCGACACGGUGUUGAUCAAGAGUGAAGGCAAUGAAAUUGCCGAAGUUUACCGCUACGAGCUGCCUGGAGACCCGAUUCUUGGUGAAGGUAAGCCCGAGAACCAGAACAACGCGCUUCCAUUCACGCGUGGCGAAUACCUCCAGACGAUUGAUAUGAACCAGCAGCACUACUUCGAGGAGUGUCUGAAGAUGCCGCAGCUUCUGGUGACUGCUGACCUGCACCCUUCCAAGAAACCUGUGUCCAUUAUUGGUAUGCGUGAGCACAUUUUCACGGGUAACGCUUCAUCGCUGUCAAAGUUUAAGUCGUGGCAGGAGCUGGUGUUCGUGACGCUGUCUCAGCGUGUGCUGGCCGACCCGCUGUAUGUUCGUAUGCACUACGGUCACCCCGAUAUUUUCGACAAGAUCAUUGCUAUGCCUCGUGGUGGAGUGUCCAAGGCUUCCAAGGGCAUUAACUUGUCUGAGGAUGUGUUCGCUGGUUUUAACUCGACGCUUCGUGGUGGUGUGGUGACGCACGUGGAGUUCAUGCAGUGUGGUAAGGGUCGUGAUGUGGCUCUGUCGCAGAUUUCCAUGUUCGAGGGUAAGCUGGCUAACGGUGCUGGCGAGACGUCUCUCGCUCGUGAGGCUCAUCGUAUGGGCCAGUUCAUGGACUUCUUCCGUCUGAACUCCAUGUACUACUCGCACACGGGUUUCUACUUCGCCACGUGGAUGACAAUUGUCACGACCUUCGUGUACAUGUACUGCAAGGUGUACUUGGCUCUAGCGGGUGUGCAGCAGCAGAUUGUGUACGAUAUGAACACGACCGCUGUGAUCACCGAGAACAUCGCAAACAACUUCGACGGGCGUGUGUUCACCGAUCUGAAGGCUGUGCUGAACACGCAGUUCUACAUCCAAGCCGGUACUUUCCUCAUGCUUCCGCUCAUGUGUGUGUACUUCGGUGAAGGAGGCUUCGUGCGCGGUAUGACUCGAUUCAUCGACAUGAUCAUCACGCUGGGCCCUGCCUUCUUCGUGUUCCAGGUCGGUACGACGAUGCACUACUUCGACAACAACAUCGUGCACGGUGGCGCCAAGUAUCAGGCUACAGGUCGUGGCUUCAAGAUUUCCCGUGAGACGCUGGUGCUGCUGUACAAGGCGUAUGCAAGCUCCCACUAUCGAAAGGCCUGGGAGCUCAUCGGGUUGUGUCUUGUGUACAUGGCGUUCGGUAAUUUUUACAUCUGUCGGACCGAUGCGGCUGCCAACGACAACACUUUUGCGUCCGACUACUGUGAGACUGCUCAGGCUUACGGGGUGCAGACGUUCUCGGUGUGGUUCAUCUCCAUCUUGUGGGUGGUGGGUCCGUUCCUCUUCAACAGUGACGGUCUGGACUACAGGAAAACCAAGGUGGAUAUCCAGCAGUGGUGCAUGUGGAUGUUUGCCCCCGAAGACUACAAGGACGACGACCCGGCCAACAAGGGAGGCUGGGUAGGCUGGUGGAAGGGCGAUCUGGAGCAGCUGCACGGCUCCAACAUGAUCUCGCGCGUCACGGUCAUCCUCCGCGAGUGUCGCCACUUCCUGCUCAUGUUCUACGUGGCUACACUCGAGACGUCCGACGUCAUGUACGUGGCGUACUCGUUCGGUGCUGCGGUCGCGACGAUUGUUCUGCUUGGCGUGUUCCAUGGCUUUGGUAUGGGCAUGCGCUCCAUGAGCCCGGUGACGCGCGCUGUGAUCUACAUGGGGACCGUCGCAGCCAUCGUGACGGCCUACUUCUUGGCCACUUGGAUCGUGCUGGACUGGAAAUUCAAGUACGCCAUGUCGCUCUGGUUCGCCUACGUGGCUGCGCUCUACGGUAUCAACGAGUGCUUCCGCAUGUGGAGUUUCCCAAGCUCGUCGAUCGCUGGCAUUGCUGUGUUCCAGCAGCUACAGUUCCUCUUCGACUUUAUCUUCUGCAUUGGUAUGAUCAUCCCGCUUGUGGUCAUGUCGUGCAUCCCGUUCCUGAACAUCAUCCAGACGCGUAUGAUGUACAACGAAGGCUUCUCCAAGGUCAUGUCUGCUUCUUCGCAGUAUGCCUUCUCUCUGGCAGCCUUCAUGGGAAUCCUGGGCGGUAUCGGUGUCGGCUGGCUGUUCAACUUGCUGUCAACGCUGGAGCAGUCUGCGAGUUUCGCAAGUUACGUCGUCACGUACGAUGGCGUCCUAAGUGGAAACGUGGGCGAUGGCACCACGACGUACAUGCUCUACGGUGCCUGUGUGGUGGGUACGAUCAUCGCUGGCUUCCUCAACUUCUUCCUGGGUCGUCGUCUGGCUAUUGUUGCGGGUGGUCUCUUCAGUACGCUCGGUAUGGUGGCUGUCAGUGCCAACGACGAUCUCCGUUCGACGCUGCUGAUGCCUGGUAUCGGUCUGCUUGGAGCCUCGUGCGGUAUUCUGCUACCGUCGUUGGCCAUCUACAUCUUCGAGAUCUCGACCAAGGAGAUGCGAGGCAAAGCCAUGUUGUUGCUGGGAAUCGGCUUCAUCAUCGGCAGUUUGCUGGGCGGCAUUUUCGCGACCGUGAACCAGCUGGGAUGGAUCUGGCAGACGUUUGCUGCCUGCAUCGUGAUCGCCCUGGUCACGCCAGUCGUCAAUGUGUUCCCAGAGAGUCCGUACUGGGUGCUGGAUCGCAAGGGCUGGGACGCCUGUGAAGCCUGUCUCGUUAUCCUGCGUCGUAAACCUGAUGUCCAAGAGGAGCUCAAGGUCAUGCGAGAAGAGGAAACGGCAGAUGAAGGCGGCGCCGGCGCCUACAAGUUCCUCAUCGGUCUCUUCCUCAUGCUCGUGUCCUCUCUGACUACUGGUUUCCUCAACGCCUUCAUCAGCUACAAGGGAGCGAGCGAGUACACGGACCAAGACCAGCUGUUCGUGAACGCGAUGGCGCUGCAGAUCUCCGGUGCUGCGAUCGCCAUCUUCUACAUCGACAAGCUGGACCACAAGUCGAUUCUCUUCGGAACGUUGAUCCCUAUCGCUAUCUGUGCUGGCAUUCUGGGCUUCAACGAGAACUCAGAGAUGCUGGGAGACAAAGAGGGCUCGGGUCUGUACCUCAGUCUUGUAGUCAUGCUCAUGUACUUCUUCAUGGGGCUGGGCACGAGCUCUGCUCUGUGGUCCGCAUGCGUCGGCAUGUUCAAUACUCGCGGCCGCGCCUCGUCCACCACCAUGCUGUUCGCUAUCUUCUUCCUGGCGGAUAUGGGCUACGUCUACUUGCACACGGACGACUCGAUGAUGCAGAACGAAUAUUCCUAUCUCUACGCCAUCGCAGGCUUCAGUGUCGUCGCCCUGGUGCUGUUAAUGGGCGCAGGCACCAAGAAGAACGGCGUCAUCUGUACCAAGUCAGAAGCUCAGCGCGAUCGCGACCGUAUCGCUCGUAUGCGUGCCGAACGUGCAAGUCGCAACACGCGGACGCCUGGAACUGCGCGCCAGCGGAAUCUCAGUCGCGUGCGGUCCAAGUCGAACGCUGGCGGCCAGCGGGGCAACGCGGCGCAUGGCGGUGGCUACCAAAUGUACGAAACACCCGCCAACGCUGCGCCGCCGCUCAUGCACGCGCGCCCGUAG